GGUCUCCUCGCGUCUGCUUGCGUUUACAGUGCACCCUUAACGAUGACGAAUGUUUUCUUUUCGCUCCGCGCGUACUGCAAAAUCAUUUUACACGCAGCCAAAUACCCGCAUUGUGCAAUAAAUGGCCUGCUGCUCGGCAAACAAAAGAACAAGGACGGCCGGACGGAUCUGUACAUCGAGGAUGCGAUACCUUUAUUCCAUAUAUGCCUACACGUUUCCCCAAUGGCGGAGAUAGCGCUUACUUUGGUGGACCAGUUAGCUACAAGCAAAGGCCUUAUACUGGCGGGUUACUACCUGGCCAACGAGAACAUAAAUGACUUGAGCACAGACAGACCGGCUCACAGAGUAGCAGACAAGAUCGCAGAGAACUUUAACAAUGCACUGCUGGUAGUGGUGGAUAAUCGAGAACUGACCCUGGGCAUGGAAUCGAGUCCGUUGAGAAUUUCGCAAUCCGUAGAGGGAAAGUGGAAGCCAAAGGAUAAGGCAAACAUAAUUUAUGAUAUUGCACACACGGACGCAAUGUAUUCGUUACUGAAGGCAGAGGAGUAUAGGAAUCUGAUCGACUUCGACAACCAUCUGGAUAACAUCACUCUUGACUGGCAAAAUCUGAAACUAAAUGAAAUAAUCGACGAGGCUGUCGACAAACCCACAUAAGAGAUGACGAUGCAAACCAUUCCAAUACGUAACACACAGACACAUAUACACACACAGAGAUCAUACAAAGAUUGUUUUAUUUAUAUGUUAUGUUGCACUCUAUCUAUAUUUCAUUCACUAUAUGCAAAGUAAACAAAUGUACAUACGCUAUAGAAUUUAUAAAUGAAUAUCACCUGUUUUUAAAAA